CUUGUGUGUGAGUGUCUGUUGUGACCUGUAGGUGCACUAGUUGUAGGUGUGAGAACACCUGUGUGAGGAAAAGUAUUGAGGCCAGCAGUCAGCUUGGCCAUUGUUUCUAAGGUAGCAUUUAUACUCUGUUACCUCCAAUGAGCUUCAGGAGCAAACGGGAGUCAGAAAGGCUCCGAUCUCAGGGCAGCUCUUGCACAGAGAGUUUUCACUCUCAAUAUUUGGUUUUGAAUACCAUCGGCCAUGGUUUCCACGCGGCCGUGAAGUUGGCCGUGCACCGCCUCACAGGUACCCCCGUAGCUGUCAAAAUGCUCCUCAAGAGACAACAGUGGUGCCAGCAGGUCACAUCUGAGGUAGAAAUCAUGAUGAGGAUCAACCACCCAAAUAUUGUAUCUCUCAUACAAGUCAUCGACACUGAAAAGAUAACAUACCUCAUCAUGGAGUUGGCCAAGGGGAACCAGCUUUAUUCUCACAUCAAACAGGCUGGCCAUCUGCAGGAGGAUGAAGCACGGGGCAUAUUCAGACAAUUAUUAAGUGCUGUGGGAUACUGCCAUGAAGAAGGCAUUAUACACCGGGACCUUAAACCCGAUAAUAUUUUAGUCGAUACCAAGGGAAGAAUUAAAAUCGUUGAUUUUGGUUCUGCCACUCGAGUGCGGCCUGGGCAAAAGUUGAGAACUCCCUAUGGGACUUAUGCAUUUUCUGCUCCUGAGCUGUUCCUCGGGAAAUUUUAUGAGGGCCCCAAGGUCGACGUGUGGGCCCUAGGAGUAAUUCUUUAUUAUAUGACGAUUGGAAAGCUCCCAUUUGAGGCUACCAGGAUGCCGCUACUCCGAAGGCAGGUUGUGUUAGGGAGGUAUGCUGAACCAUUUGGCCUGUCAGAAGAGCUACAAGACCUGCUGAGUCUUUUAAUGAAAGUGAAUUCCCAGCAGAGGCCCACAAUUCCUGACCUUUUGACUCAUCCCUGGCUUAAGAUAGACUCAGAGGGGUUCCCACAACCGUGUAAGGAACUCAGGCCAGACCCAGCCAUUCUUAGAGCAAUGCGGGACAUUGGAUUUGAGACCCAAGAAGUUAAAGACUCCCUUGAACAGAAGAAAUUCAACCAAAGUAUGGCUUGUUACUAUUUUUUGGAAAAGCAGGCUCUUCAGGAGUGUGACAAGCCAACCCGGCCUCAUCCAUGCAUGGCCCCAUUCCCGACCCUUGAUUACCCUGCUACUUCAGUGCGAGGGCUCAGAAGUCGAGGAAGCGAGCCCAGAUGGUUCGGGUCAUCCUCUGAUAGUCAAGGGUCUGACAAUGGCCAGAAGCCAAGUCAUGGAUUAGUCAAGAGGGCCAGUUGGCCUGGCGGUCUUCUCUGCAGGCCACAUCAGAUAACACCCACAGUGGAGCUAACCCACAGAAUUUCUAUUAGUGACCCCUGCUUAUAUUCAGUGCACAGCAGAGGCAAGAAGACCAUCAACACUGAAAGCACAGAAGACAAAUCCAGUGCCUCAGCAGAGGUUAAGCCUGUCGCAAGCAGGCCCUGGCCCAAAAGAUUUAGGGGGUGGGUCAAGAACAUCCGAAAUGGCCUGAUGAACCUGUGUUGCUGCAUUCCGUCCAGAAAAACACCUCCCCUGGGGCACAACAGAGUUGUUCCCCAGAAAUGAAGAACAUGAAAGGAAUCCAGAGAGCAAGCAUCCAACACUGCCCAGAAGAUCACUAGAGGAUGCCGGAUGCUACAUCUCUGCAGUGUUGAAGAGGACCCACGUGUGGACACGGACCUGCAGAAGGGAGCCCUGUGAGAGCUGUCACGUUCCAGGUCAGCUGUCGAAGGAUGAAAGCGAAUGAAGAGAUGCCAGGUGGCAAGAGAGCACCUCAAAGGCAUCACUCUUCCUGGUGGAGGUUGAAAACCAGUCCAAAGCUGGUAAAGACCAGAGCCCUUCUGCCGACCAGGGUCACAUCACACACCUCCUCUUGGCAUAAGUUCUUGCCUCACUCUUAGUGGAGGAUAUACGUCUUCUCAAUGUGUUUAUCCGACUCUGAGAAUAAAAUAGCUGUUUGUGAAAGAUGACCUCGUAGAUUUUUCUGCAUCUUCUUCACAUAGGAAAAUUG